UCCCUCCAGGAGAAAAUGGGUACUGGAAAUAUUUAGACAUUUAUAUGACUGAUAAUAGACUGAGAUAUCCACCGUACACCACAAGACAGAUGGAAGAUUCAAAGGAAGAUUUACCAACAUUCUACAGUGCCUCCGGAAAAUAUAAGCAAUUAAAAAUACCCUUGCCAGGCCCACUGACUGGAAAUAAGUCUGUUUACGAUAAAACUGUUUUCAAAACACAAUUGCCACUCAGAUAUCUUUCGAGAGCUCUGAAAAAUGUUCCAAAUAUGAAAUUCAAAACAGAGUACAGAGGUUCCUAUAUUUCCCAAACAUAUUCAGACUUGCACCCUUACAUAAACACAAAUGGUGUUGAUUUUGGCGGAAGCUUAGCCGAUGCAGGACCCUGGCAGAAUCUAUGUCCACCCGGAAUGUAUUGCACUGAUUAUUGCCAUAUAGGUACAGGCUGGCCUGUAAGGGCAGUUGUCGAUGUCGGACCGAAUGCACCUCAUGAUAGAACCAACAAAUCACAAACUUAGCCCCGAUUUUUUAUUUAUGAUCUAAAUUUCGGUUUUAUUGUUUAUUCUUUAUUCACGUCACUAUAUAACGUGUCUUGUUUUUAUACCCCCUUGUAAGUAGUUUGGCCGUAAAGGUCAUCAUUUGUCUUGUGUAUAAAUUUCUCA